CAAACCUUCAUCUCUUCAAAUCAAUCAUCCCGUUACGACCUUCGCACGGAUUCUUUCAAGGGCUUGCAAUCGCAAUGAGAAAGAUGUUCUCAACAGCGAUCGCGAGUCUUCGGCCCAUCCACGAGUCAUCGUUACGGUGGACGACAGGCAUGGGCACCGAUGAGGGUUCAUUAAAGAUGCCUACGUUGCCUAUCGAAACGUGCGAAGAAAUCUUGAGCUAUCUUCAGGGUGAUUUCAAGACGCUCGCGGCCUGCAGCCUCGCUUGCCGCGCUUGGCUUCCAGUGACACGCUCCUACGUCUUUGGCGAGGUGCUCCUACAACGCGACGAGGAGUGCGAGCACUUCAGGGUCAUUCUCGACGAAUCCCCCACGGUGGGGCUGCACGUUCGAAUCCUUUCCGUGAAGGAUGCAAAUGAUCAUGCCGGAAAUAUCGCCCAGCAGGAAUCCUCCUGGGUGUGGUUGCUGCUACGGCUGAACAAUCUCGAAGUGCUUAACGUCGUCGAAUCUGAUCUGGACCUUUCCGGCCCGAUUCAGGAUGUCAUCAACACCCGGCAUCCCGUACUGCCAAUCAAGCGAUUCCGUAUGGCCAGGGUCGCCUUCAGGAACAAUGAAUUGCAGAUACUACUUUCUUCCUGCCCCUUACUCACUCACCUUGCGAUGCAUCACAGCUCGCCCUGGAAUGAGAUCGAAUUCUCGGAUGUUGCACCAUUAUGGCGCGUUGCGGCUAGAAAGUGGUUCUCCAAUAACGCUGCUAUUCCUAUCACCGUUCCUUGCCGACCAAUUGAACCCAACGAGAGAGUUCCUAUCCAGACGUUGAUAUGGGAGCCCAUCAGGCCCUUGAACUGGCAGGUCAUAACGAACUUCCGCAAUGGAGAUCAGUGGAAUCUGCGUCUCCGUCGGCUCUCCGUUUCAUGCAGAGACUUUGAUACGACAAUGACCCCUGGACUCCGCAAUCUUCUUGAACAGUCAGCUGAAACACUGGAGGAGCUCCAUAUGAACGUCUUCAGUGGACUCCGACCGGGGAUACCAACUCCCAAUCACCCAUUCCUAAUAGGAGCCACGAAGUUGAAGGCGAUAUAUAUACGUGCUCCCCUCCUGCUGUCCAACCCGUCGUGCCAUUCGUGGGAUGGGCUGCUAGACGUCCUCUCCGAUAUACGACCAUCACACUCUCAGCUCGAGAAGCUAAGUAUCAGCAUGUCGCCGACCAAAGUUAUACUAGACUGGGACCAGGUUGGUCAGCACCUGACGCGAAUCAUGCAUGUCUUGCCGCAAAUGGUCGUUACGUUGCUGGUCGUGCCAGAACGCCUAUCUGGCCCUGGCCAUGGUGAUGUCUCGGCAUUCGUCGAUCGACUUCUCGACGGCUUGCACAGGUCAGCUACAGGAGGGCGCCUUGCAUUGAUGUGGUUUGGAAGCCACGAGGCAUUCAUGGAGUAUGGUGGGCUGGAGAACGUGCUCCCGCCUUGGUUUCGUGUUCAAUCAUCACUUUCUGACAACAUCUGGUGGUAGGUGAAAGGUGAACUAUUGUCUGUAUUGACUAUCUUUUAUUGCACUUGACACUAGGAUUCCAUCGGAUCAUGUGUAUAGUUUUGCUAUUUUGCUCUGACCUAACACUGUUUCGAAGAUCUAUCAUGGCAGCUUAUAUAUUUAUCAUACUCACCAUUUAUUUUAUCCUAUCCAGCACGCUCGCCAUCUCUGCAUCACCUGGAUGCUUGUAUCUUUAUGACGUCCUCGUAUACCCACCUACGUGUUCGGAAGCCCUCAGCAUGUCGUACAUCCCUGGAGGGCUGAGAUUGUGGCGCUGCAUACGAGCUUUGUAUGUACAGACGCGAAACUUACUAAGGCGUUCGCCGCCCAGCCAUCAUUGCUGAUAAGCGGCCCGCCAAC